AUGGCGAGAGGCGUAGCUGGAUUUUUGCGUAGAGCUUAUACUUCUAGAGUUAGGUUUCUGUUAUCAACCCGAAAUUUACAUUCUUUAAGAGAAUCUGAUUGUAGAUCUCUCGUUAAUCCCGAAUUCGAUGUGCCCACGAGCCGGUUUUGUUCGGAUAAUCGUGUUCGGGUUCAGCUUCCGUUGAAUGAUUACAGAUUUGGGUGUAUUGGGUUUGGUAAAGUUAGGGGCUUUUCGUCUACUGUGGAUAAUAAUGGUGAAAAUGAUGAUUGUGAAGAAGAAGAAAGUGUUGGUUCUGAGAGUGAGGAUUAUGAUGAGGAAGGUGUGAUUAAUGAACUUGGUGAUGUAGAUGAGAGUUUGAUGAAAGAUUUAGCGGUCUCUGAGACAGAUAAUGUUGUAGAGAGUAGCGAAGCUGCUCGUGCUUUUAACGCUCGGUGUCAUGAUCCUUUGGAACUAUAUAGUGAGCUUAGGGAAAGCGAAGUGCGUUGUAAGCUUCAGCGUAGUGAAUGGGAUACAAUACGUGAGAUUUUCGGGUAUUUUGCGCAGUCGGGUUGGGCAGCUAAUCAGGCUCUUGCGAUAUAUAUCGGGAAAUCGUUUUUCCCGACUGCUGUUAGCAAAUUCCGGGAAUUUUUCUUGGAGAAAUGUAAAGUCGAGGUUGUUCAGGAUCUUGUUCGCGUUGGACCGACAGAUGAAGCUGUUAAGUUUCUGUUCCCUGUGUUUGUUGAAUUCUGUAUUGAAGAGUUUCCAGAUGAGAUCAAGCGUUUUAAGAGUGUUGUUGAAUCUGCAGACCUCACGAAACCUGCGACUUGGUUUCCUUUUGCUCGUGCUAUGAAGCGUAAAAUCGUUUACCAUUGUGGACCGACCAACAGUGGCAAAACUUACAAUGCUUUGCAGCGGUUUAUGGAAGCGAAGAACGGAUUGUAUUGCAGCCCGCUUAGGUUAUUAGCCAUGGAAGUUUUUGAUAAAGUAAAUGCAUUGGGGAUUUACUGUAGUCUCUUGACUGGACAAGAGAAGAAACAUGUUCCGUUCUCAAACCAUGUUUCUUGUACGGUUGAAAUGGUGUCUACAGAUGAGUUAUAUGAAGUGGCUGUGAUCGAUGAAAUACAAAUGAUGGCAGAUCCUAGUAGAGGUCAUGCUUGGACAAAAGCUUUGCUUGGAUUAAAAGCCGAUGAGAUUCAUUUGUGCGGAGACCCGAGUGUUUUGGAGAUUGUGCGUAAGAUGUGUGCUGAUACAGGGGAUGAGUUAGUUGAAGAGCAUUACGAGAGGUUCAAACCAUUAGUUGUGGAGGCUAAGACCUUAUUAGGAGAGCUUAAGAACGUUAAGUCGGGUGAUUGUAUUGUUGCGUUCUCUAGAAGAGAGAUAUUUGAAGUCAAAAUGGCUAUCGAGAAAUAUACAAAGCAUCGUUGCUGUGUUAUUUAUGGUGCAUUGCCUCCUGAGACGAGGAGACAGCAAGCGAAUCUGUUUAACGAUCAAGAAAAUGAAUACGAUGUUUUGGUUGCUAGUGAUGCUGUUGGAAUGGGAUUGAAUCUUAACAUAAGACGGGUUGUAUUUUACAGUUUGAACAAGUAUAACGGCGAUAAGAUUGUUCCAGUUGCGGCUUCGCAGGUGAAACAGAUUGCCGGGAGAGCUGGAAGGAGAGGAAGCCGUUAUCCAGAUGGACUCACAACGACAUUACAUUUAGAAGAUCUAAGCUAUUUAAUCGAGUGUUUGCAACAACCGUUUGAUGAAGUUAAAAAAGUUGGGCUUUUCCCUUUCUUUGAACAGAUUGAGCUCUUUGCUGCACAAGUUCCCAAUAUGACCUUUUCAAAACUCUUAAAUCAUUUUGGGAAACAUUGCAGACUUGACGGUUCUUACUUCUUGUGUCGUCAUGAUCAUGUGAAGAAAGUAGCAAAUAUGUUGGAGAAAGUAGAAGGAUUAUCUCUAGAAGACCGGUUUAACUUCUGUUUUGCACCGGUGAAUAUCAGGAAUCCGAAAGCAAUGUACCAUUUAUAUCGAUUUGCUUCAACUUAUAGCCAAGAUAUGCCGGUUAAUGUCGCGAUGGGGAUGCCAAAAGGUUCUGCUAAGAACGAUACCGAGCUGUUGGAUUUAGAGAGUAGACACCAAGUUUUGUCCAUGUAUCUUUGGUUGUCUAACCAAUUUGAAGAGAAGAAUUUUCCAUUUGUGGAGAAGGUUGAAGCAAUGGCUACAAAUAUUGCAGAGUUGUUAGGUGAAUCUUUGACUAAAGCUUCAUGGAAAAUGGAAUCAAAAGAAGAGAUAUUGAAGGGUCAAAAGAAGGAAGAAAGAGGAUAUGAAAGACCAGCUUCACUAAUCAAGUUAGCUAUUAAGAGGAAAGAAGAAAAUUUUGGUGUGGAAGGAGAAUAG